UUCACCGCUCGCCAACCCCUCCUAAUCCUCCUCCUGGCACUCAUCGUGGCGCCCUUCCUCCGUCUCCCCGCCCGCCUUUCCUCCGUGUUGGGUCACCUCCGAACCAAUUCGCGAUACCUGACAACCUCCAGCAUGGCCCCCGCUCACCUCCGGCACCCGCCGCAGGCGCCGCCCAUUUUCACGGCCACCCCGCAGUCCUUGGUGACGGACGCCGAGCGAAUCAUCAAGAGCUCCCGCACUAUCCAGGACAAGGUCGUCGCCGAGAUCAAGCCCGAGGCGGCUACCUUUGCCAACGUGCUGCGGCCGCUGGCUCAGGAUGAGAAUGUUAUGGCUCUCGAGGCUCAUAUCCUGGGCUUCUACCAGGCCGUCUCAACGGAUCAGAAGCUCCGGGAUGCUUCCUCCAAGGCGGAAGAGCUGAUGGAUGAGUUCUUUAUCGAGUCGGCAAUGCGGGAGGAUGUUUACAAGCUCGUUGAUGCUGCCCUGAAUAAGAAGGAGUCCAUUGACCCUGAAUCUCAGCGUCUUUUGGAGAAGGAGCACAAGGACUUUAUUAGAAAUGGAUUGGGACUUCCUGCUGGCCCGCAGCGUGCCCGGUUCAAGGAGAUCAAGAUGCGGUUGAGCCAGAUCAGCAUUGAAUUCCAGAAAAACCUGAAUGAGGAGAACGGUGGCAUCUGGUUUACUCCGGAGCAGCUGGACGGCGUGCCGGAGGAUGUUCUGUCCGGACUGAAGAAGGGCGAGGGCGAGAACGAGGGCAAGAUCUGGUUGACCUUCAAGUACCCGGAUCUGUUCCCCACCAUGAAAUACGCGACCAACCCCGAGACCCGUCGGCAGGUGAUGAUUGCCAACGAGAACAAGUGCAACCAGAACGUGCCACUCUUCCGUGAGGCCAUUGUGCUGCGUGACGAGGCUGCUCGCCUGCUGGGCUACCCCAACCACGCCGCCUUCCGGAUCGAAGACAAGAUGGCCAAGACUCCCCAGACUGUUGACAACUUUUUGGGUGAUCUGCGCAACCGACUUGCUGCCGGUGGAGAGAAGGAGCUUAAGACUCUGAAUGCACUCAAGCAGCAGACCGAAGGCAAGACGGAUGGUCGUUACUACCUGUGGGACCACCGAUUCUAUGAUCGUUUGUUGCUGGAGCGGGAUUAUCAGCUGGACCAUCAGCUCAUCGCUGAAUACUUCCCUCUGCAGACUACUAUCGAGGGAAUGCUGAAGAUCUUUGAGGAGCUCUUUGGUCUUGAGUUUGUUGAAAUUACUGGUGAGGACCGCGAUGCCGUCGCCCCCACCGGUAAGGGCAAUGACAUUGUCUGGCACGAGGAUGUGCAGGUGUUUAGCGUUUGGAACGACGCGGGCGAGGGCAGUGGCUUUGUCGGAUACUUGUAUCUGGAUCUCUUCCCUCGUGAGGGCAAGUACGGCCACGCCGCCAACUUUAACCUGCAGCCGGGCUUCAUCGACGCUGAUGGCAACCGACGCUUCCCUGCCACCGCCCUGGUGUGCAAUUUCACCAAGCCCACCCCCAAGAAGCCCAGUCUGCUCAAGCACGACGAGGUGGUGACCCUCUUCCACGAGCUGGGCCACGGUAUUCACGACCUUGUCUCACGGACAAUUUACUCUCGCUUCCACGGCACCAGCACCGUACGCGACUUUGUCGAAGCACCCAGCCAGAUGCUGGAGAACUGGUGCUGGACACCAUCGCAGCUGCGCUCCCUUAGCCGCCACUACUCUACCCUGUCCCCCGAGUACCUCGCCGGCUGGCAAGAAGCACACCAGAAGCGCAGCGGCGGCAAGACAGCCACAGGCCCGCCGUCCGAGCGCAUCCCCGACGAAGUGAUUGCAAACCUCAUCCGCACCAAGCACGUCAACGAGGCCCUCUUCAACUUGCGCCAGCUCCACUUCGGCAUCUUCGACAUGACCGUCCACGAGCCCUCCAGCCACGCCGACAUUGAAGCCCUGCCCAUUUCAAAAACAUACAACAGCCUACGCAAGGAAAUCACCCUAUUGGACGGGCCCGAGGCACUAGGCGAGGGAGAAGGAUGGGGCCACGGCGAGGCCACCUUUGGUCAUUUGAUCGGUGGUUAUGACGCUGGAUACUACGGAUACCUCAGCUCGCAAGUGUACUCGACGGAUAUGUUCUACACCGUGUUCAAGGAUGACCCCAUGAACAAGGAGGCCGGACGGCGGUACCGGUACCAGGUUCUUGAGAAGGGUGGUUCUCAGGAUGAGAUGAAGACUCUUACUGAGUUCUUGGGCCGUGAGCCGCAGACUGAUGCUUUCUACAAGGAUAUGGGCUUGGCGUAG